CAGAGAAAACCGGAAAGAUCCUGACGGCGUUCCUCCGUUUCUAUGAGGACCAGUAUGGCGUGGCCCUCUUCAACAGCAUGCGCCACGAGAUCGAGGGCACCGGGGCGCCGCAGGCUCAGCUGCUCUGGCGCAAGGUGCCAUUGGAUGAGCGCAUCAUCUUCUCUGGGAACCUGUUCCAGUACCAGGAGGACAGCAAGAAGUGGAGGAACCGCUUCAGUCUCGUGCCUCACAACUACGGGCUGGUGCUCUACGAGAACAAAGUGGCCUAUGAGCGGCAGGUCCCACCGCGGGCUGUCAUCAACAGCGCAGGCUACAAAAUCCUCACCUCCGUGGAUGAGUACCUGGAGCUGGUUGGCAACUCCUUACCAGGGACCACAGCCAAACCGGGCAGUGCCCCCAUCCUCAAGUGCCCCACACAGUUUCCGCUCAUCCUCUGGCACCCCUCCGCACGGCACUACUACUUCUGCAUGAUGACGGAAGCCGAGCAGGACAAGUGGCAGGCGGUCCUGCAGGACUGCAUCCGGCACUGCAACAACGGGAUCCCCGAGAACUCCAAGGUGGAGGGCCCCGCGUUCACGGACGCCAUCCGCAUGUACCGCCAGUCCAAGGAGCUGUACGGCACCUGGGAGAUGCUGUGUGGGAACGAGGUGCAGAUCCUGAGCAACCUGGUGAUGGAGGAGCUGGGCCCUGAGCUGAAGGCGGAGCUCGCCCCGCGGCUGAAAGGGAAACCGCAGGAGCGGCAGCGGCAGUGGAUCCAGAUCUCAGACGCCGUGUACCGCAUGGUGUACGAGCAGGCCAAGGCGCACUUCGAGGCGGUGCUGGCCAAGCUGCAGCAGGCCCGGCCCGCCAUGGAGGCCACCAUCCGCACGGACAUGGACCAGAUCAUCACCUCCAAGGAGCACCUGGCCAGCAAGAUCCGGGCCUUCAUCCUCCCCAAGGCCGAGGUGUGCGUCCGGAACCACGUCCAGCCCUACAUCCCGUCCAUCCUGGAGGCCCUGAUGGUGCCCACCAGCCAGGGCUUCACCGAGGUGCGGGACGUCUUCUUCAAAGAGGUGACCGACAUGAACUUGAACGUCAUCAACGAGGGCGGUGCCGACAAGCUGGGUGAGUACAUGGAGAAGCUCUCCCAGCUGGCCUACCACCCCCUCAAGAUGCAGAGCUGCUACGAGAAGAUGGAGCUGCUGCGGCUCGAUGGGCUGCAGCAGCGCUUCGACGUGUCCAGUACGUCCGUGUUCAAGCAGCGAGCCCAGAUCCACAUGCGAGAGCAAAUGGACAAUGCCGUGUACACCUUCGAGAGCCUCCUGCACCAGGAGCUGGGGAAGGGGCCCACCCGGGAGGAGCUGUGCAAGUCCAUCCAGCGGAUCCUGGAGCGGGUGCUCAAGAAAUACGACUAUGAUAGCAGCUCAGUGCGGAAGCGGUUCUUCCGGGAGGCGCUGCUGCAGAUCACCAUCCCGUUCCUGCUCAGGAAGCUGGCCCCCACGUGCAAGUCGGAGCUCCCCCGGUUCCAGGAGCUCAUCUUCGAGGACUUCGCCCGCUUCAUCCUGGUGGAGAACACGUAUGAGGAAGUGGUGCUGCAGACGGUCAUGAAGGACAUCCUGCAGGCCGUGAAGGAGGCCGCGGUGCAGAGGAAACACAACCUGUACCGGGACAGCAUGGUCAUGCACAACAGCGACCCCAACUUGCACCUGCUGGCGGAGGGUGCACCCAUCGACUGGGGGGAGGAGUAUGGUGGCAGCGGUGGGGACAGCAGCAGCCCAAGCGUCCCGGAAGCAGCCCCCCUCUCGGAAAAGCGACGGCGUGGCAAGCAGGUGGUGUCCGUGGUCCAGGACGAGGAGGCGGGGCUGCCUUUUGAGGCUGGCUUGGAGCCACCAUCACCUGCGUCCCCGGACAGUGUCACCGAGCUCCGUGGUCUGCUGGCCCAGGAUCUGCGGGCCGAGAGCCCCCCACCAGCUGGCCCUCUGCUCAACGGGGCCCCCUCCCAGGAGAGCCCCCAGCUCGGGGCAGCCUCUGAGGCCCCCUCGCCGCCAGCCUCGCCCCUCCGGCAACCCCCUCCUGGAAAAGCUGCGGACCUUGAGCCCUCCAAACCUAGUGACCAGGAGACCGGGGAGCAGGUGUCCAGCCCCGGUGGCCGCCCCCCCAUCCACACCACCACUGAGGACAGCGCAGGGGUACAGACUGAGUUCUAGGCUGGUCACCCCUGAGCCGCUGCUGGACAUGGCCUGUGGGUCACCCCCUCCAAGGCGCGGGCAGGCUUUGCUCCAGGCAGGGGAGCCCCGGGUCUGUGCCUUGGGGUAGAGGUGGGAUGGGGCUGGGCAGGGGUGGCCCACCUGAGUCACUUUACUGGGUUUGGUCACACUUCGCUCCUGUUUUCUCUUCUGGGGGCUGAUCUUGGGCUUCCUGCUUGUGCCGGGAGCUGGGCACAGCCGAGGGGCUGAGGUGUACCUGGUGGUCACCGCCUCCCUGGGUCCUCCCUUUCUGCCUUUUGCAGCCUUGGUUUCCCUCACGGGUGUCGCCAGCUUUCUCAGACGGAGGCAGAGUGGUCACUUGCUUCCUUAGCUACUGGGUUCUCUCCCUUCUCACCAAGGCCUGUUCACCGGAGCUGGGAGCACUGGGGCCCGGCUCUGGGCCCCCAGCUGGCAGUUUUGGAGUGGACACUGGCCUCCCGUCCCUGUUCUGGGUGAGGGGAGGUGCAAGGAGGGGACUUGAGGGGGAAUGCCUAAUGGAGGAGGGGUGGGGGGUUUGGAGUGGAAUGAGAAGGGCCCAGAAUGUGCUGGUCUGUGGAGAGGAAGUGUCCCGAGGGAGGGAAGGAGGGCGUUGUGGGGAAGUAGUGCUGGGAGUGUCUUCAAGGCAGGCCGAGGUGGCAGAGGGAGGCUGCUGGAAGUGGAGCAGGCUUCUGCACCCGCCUCGCCCCACCCGCUUAGCCUGUCUCCUGCCUCUUACGGGCACCCAGCCUCUGGGAGUCCCUCGGUUCCCCCUUGCCUGUCCUGCGGCCACACGCUGUGGGGUGGGACGGAGGGGAGUGUGGCCGUGUGCUUGGAGAUGGGUCCGGGGGGUGUAGAUUCCUCUGUGGGCCACCCCCAAGGUACGCACUGUCCGCCGGGGAGCGGAGUGCAGCUCCCCGAGGCGCUGCUGGUAACCCCUCUGGGGCCCUGGGCUCAGGCUCUGGGGCCGUCGCUGCCUUCAAGUCACCAAGUCACCUCAAGCCUGAAGAUUCCCUUCUCAGAUGUCCUCCUGUAGCGACUUGUUCCCGGGGCUGAAGGUCUAGCCAAGGUAGCCGCACGCUGGCAGCCCCCUCUACCCCGCGCCCUCGGUCCCCUUCUGAGGGCAGGGGCUUCAGACCCAUGGGACAUAACGGCAGCGGCCGGUGCUCAGGGUCCCCCAGCCGGACAGUCCACUGCCUCACUAACCCGCCUCCUCGUUCUGUGUCCGGAUGCAGACGCUCUCCUCUAGUGCCUUGGGGUUUUCUCAGUCAUCAUUCCUGGAUAUUGUACUGAAAAUAUUAUGCAAACUGUUUAAACUUUACUAAUCAAUAAAUGAGUUAAAGCCA